AUGGCGGACGCUCAGAAAAAAAUGCAGGCGCUCUCGGAUGAGUUCCAGCAACUGCAAACUGAACUCGAUGGUCUUGUCGAUGCGCGCCAAAAGCUCGAGUCCCAGCAACAAGAGAACCUGGGCGUACAGAAGGAAUUCGACACGCUCGAUGACGAGUCCAACAUCUAUAAGCUGAUCGGUCCGGUGCUGUUGAAGCAGGACAAGACUGAGGCUGUCAUGGCUGUCAAUGGACGGUUGGAGUUCAUUGAGAAGGAAAUUAAGCGGAUCGAGGGCCAAAUCCAGGAGAACCAGGACAAGUCGGACAAGAAACGGACCGAGAUUGUUCAGUUCCAAACCCAGGUUCAGCAACAAGCCGCCGCUGCUUCUGCUUGA